GAGAAGGGAUCGGCGACUCAAGGAGUGGGCGAGGAGAUAGUAAUACGGGCAUCGGUGCCAGAGGCGGUACCAGAAGGUGAAGAACCAAGAAUGCAGAUGACCAGAGAAAAAUUGGACCGCAUCGUUGCGGAGGCGGUGGGUCGGGCGUUGGUUGCACGAGACGCGGCGAUGAAGGAGAAGCAUACCACCAUGAUAGAAAGGCCGGGUGUGGAGGCGGAACGGUCUGCUGAAGUGGUGGAACGACCUAUUGUGGCCGUGGAGCGACCAAUUGUUAGGGUCGAGCAGCAUGUCCCCGGGAUACCUAGGCCUUUAAGGGGCGGUAGUCACUGCAGAGAUGAUCAAGAAGAGAGUUCAGUGAUAUCGCCAGUGGUUCCGAGGCAGUCCAGGGAUGCGCUGAUGGAGCAGAUGGCUAAUCAAAUAAAAGAGCUCCAAGCAAGGGUGGAAGGCAUGCGACAUCUCAGGAUGCAGGGUCAUCCCUUCACCAAUGACGUUUUGGGUGCCGAUCUGCCUCACAGUUUUAGGGAGCCGAGUAUAUACUACGAUGGGUCCUCAGAUCCGGCAAGGCAUUUGCGGAGUUUUGAGAAUGUCGCGGUCUUGCAUCGGUAUAACGAUGGCGUCUGUUGCAGAGCCUUUUUGACAACCUUGAAGGGUCCGGCACAUGACUGGUUCCAUCAGUUACCCGCAGGAUCUGUCCACAGUUUUGACGCGUUUAGCUCACUAUUUAUCAAUCAGUUCUCUAGUGCAAGGAAACACGAGAAGACGUAUAUGUCCCUAAUGAACAUGCAGCAGUGGGAGAAUGAAUCCUUGAGGGAGUACGUGACUAG